GACUUCGACGAUGGCGAGUAUUCUCCCACACAAGAUAACAAGGAACCUCUCGAAGAACAAUGGAACGAACGACAACUGUUCUUUACCAGAAAGCUGACUCCCUUACGAGGGCGUAUUCUCGAUUUCUUAGAGUCCUCCAGUUUCUCCCGCUCGACAAUAUUAAUCAUCCUUGCAGAUGGACCGAACCUCUGAUACUUUGUUUAAUAAUUCUUACUGCCUGUGUAUUGAUAUCUCAAGCGUCUCACUCGGUCCUUCUUCCCUCGGAUCAGUCUAUGCCGACCUCACUUAGGAGUCUCUUUUUUGCUUGGGAGGAUUAUGUUCUUUUUGGGUUGUUCACCCUAUACACGUCUGAAGCAAUUGCGCCAAUAUGCGUUUCUGGAUUUCUGCUGGAUCCUGAAGUUCCGAUAUUAGUUUUCUUUGUAAGUUCAACAUCAUCAAUAACGUCGACUUCGAGGUAAGGUCCUUCCUCAUCCGGUUCCUUGUCACGCGGCCUCUCCUCAAGGCCCUUCUAUG